GGUGGGCACAGGUGGGUGGCACUGCUGGGCACAGGUAGGUGGCACUUCUGGACACAGGUGUGUGAAAUUGCAGAGUGGCACAGGUGGGUGCACUGCUGGGCACAGGUGGGUGCACUGCUGGGCACAGGUGGGCGGAGCUAGUGGGCGCACUGCAGGGCACAGGUGGGCGGAACUUGCGGGUGGCACUGCUGGGCACCAAUCAUCAGGGCACUGAUCAUCAGUGCCCUGAUGAUCGCGUGUCAUUGGACACCGCUGAUCAGGACACAGCGAUCACGGAGAUCGCCGGGUGCACGCCCCCUGGGGCGCGCAGGAGAGCGCGUUCUGGGGGGACAUCAUAUGACGUCCACUCAGAACUGGCCGGCCGCAGUGCAGCCGUCAUUCGGCUAUCUG